AAAUAGAUAGUCCUGAUCAUUCUUGCGGGUUUUAUAGUUUAGUGUUGAAAGACAUUGGUAACUGAUUAGGUUUACUGUAGUCAUGUCAGGAUCAGCCCCCGAGGAGCCUCAGACCUCCGUCCCUCAGAGCACAGCUACUGUUCCUGAUCCUGCUCCGGUUGCUGUCGGACCUGGAGGCUCAAGUGAAGUUUCCUUUGGUGAGCAAAAUCUUAGCUUCACCACCACAGAUGUCAGCCUAGUGGAGAUGAUGGAAAUUGAGUACACCCAGCUGCAGCACAUACUUUACUCACAUACGGAGGCACGAGCUGGUGAAGGGGAAGUGGAAGCUAGGCUCAAUUCUUUCUCCUUGACUGGUAGUUCUGCAGACCCCUCUCUGCACCUUAGCUCACAGAACACCAGUCAGGGGGAGUGUUCAUCAAACGGCACUGGGAACCAGUCGGUUUACCCAGUUACCGGUCAGUCAGGAUUUCCUUUGGACAGCAAUGUGCAAAGUUCAAACCCCCGUUCGGGCUACACUGACUUUCAGGAGUUCAGAAUGAUGUUGCUUAGCGAGUCAAACCUCUCUUUGAACCAAACAGAUAAAACACCUAACAGUAGCUCUGUAGAAGUCUCGGGACACAGUUUAGUAAAAGUUAAACAUAGUGAAAAUUUUAUUGGGAUGAAUAAAGGAAGCGUACUAGCUGAAAAUUUGGCACUGGCACCUGAGCCUAGAUCUAAAUCUGCAGUCAGAGUUCGGUUGGAAGACAGAUUCAACAACAUCCAGACUGAAAACCCCAGAUGCCAAGAACCCCAAGAAUCUGGAGUAACUCUUAACAAUUUAGUAACACUGAUGCGACAGCCGUCAGAACUGAUAGGUGUUCCUCUUCAUCAGCAAGAAAACAAGUGUGCUGUAUUAGGGAAAAAUAAGACUGUACCUGCCACUCCUACUUUACAGUUCACAUGCCCCUUAUUUACUGUGAAUGCAUGUUCUACUGCUGGAAGUGCUAAUCCUUCACAAACACAGACCUCUGGAACGACUUGCACUAUUUUGGAAGCUGCCAAACAUCAGGACCUUGGGAUACCCAAGACAUUAACUUUCUGCCAUCAGGAAAUGGAAUCCACAAAACAGACAGUAGGUGCUAUGAAUAAAGCUUUGCCUGAGGAAGGUUGGAUUAAAGUUGGAGAAGACACCUUAUGCAAGCAAGAGGUGAAGAGAAGCUGCAGCUGCGUAGGCCCAUUGAAUCCUAACGCAGAUCGCAAACCUCUUGGCGAAAUUCAGAAUGUAUGUGACAAUCGCCAGAGCAGCACCUCAGCCCAGGGCCCCUGGCAGCCAGCACGGCCCAGGCCGAGCUCACAGGCACCACCUGGCACACAGGAGGGGAUCACUCAGCGGAGGGAGAGACACAACCGCAUGGAGAGAGACAGGAGGCGCAGAAUCCGUUUUUGUUGUGACGAACUGAAUCUUCUAGUUCCAUUCUGUACUGUUGAUACUGAUAAAGCAACAACUUUAGAAUGGACAACCUCGUUCCUGAAGUACAUUCAGGAACAGCACGGGGAUUCGCUGAAACAGGAAUUUGAGACUGUGUUCUGUGGCAAAACAGGCAGGAGACUAAAAAUAGCAGGAUCAGAGUCAUUUGUAACGCAUCCAGUGCAGGAAAACAAGCGUGGCUUUGGAGACCAAGUAGUCUGAGCUGACCGCCUUGAACUGUACAAGUGUGGCUAACAACAGCCCAAACUGUAUUUUAGUUUCUUUGUCUACAAGCUGAAUAUGAAUUACAAAAUAUAACUUGUAAAAAUAUAUAAAUAGCACUUUAAAGAAAAUAUUCUCUAUUCAAAAUGGAAAUGAAAGUUAAAUACCAGCAAGAGAAAUCAGUGCUGUCAAAGGAGCUUUGGGACUAGAAGCUACAAGAAAAUGUCCUGACAGCUAAGUAUUUUUCCCCUUUAAUUAUAAGAAAUUUGCUCUUUUUCUGUUCGUCGUUCGGCUUUGGGGUUUUUUUGUGGUUUGUUGUUUGGUUGUUUUUUUUAAAAGAUGAUCCAGUACAGUUAAAAAUAGGUGUAGAACUUCAAUGUGUUAUUUUAAUGACUAGAUGCAAAUGUACUCUUCAAAUGUAAAAAGAAAUUAAAAUUACCAUAGUAUAAUGCCCAUUUUUUUUCCAUUAAAAAUUUAAGUUCUAUUAGUUAAUUGAA